UUCCUUUUACAAGAGAGAUCAAUCAUUUGGUUUUAUCUACCUUUUAAAAACUUUAUUUCUUCAUUUUAUUUGUACCACUACCACCACACAAAAUGUACUCACCCACAAUGUACUCUAAUAUCAUCACUCAAAUUUCCCCAAUGUAAAUCUUUAUCUCUAUUUAAUCAAUUUACUCCCCCACAAUUAUCAAAAACCUUUUUACUUUUUAGGAAAAAAAAUCAUAGACCAAAAACAGAAACCAUAUUAUUAUCAUUAUUAUUAUUAUGGCUUCCGUUCUUCCUUAUCUUUUUCAUUUUCAUUUUCUUUCUCAUUCUUCCCUCUUUCCGUUACCUCUUUCUCCUCUCUCAACCCUUUUUUCCCAACUCUCAAAUUCAACAACCCAUUUCACUUCCAUGUAAAAUCAAAUGACCCAAUUCAACUCCUAAAAAUUCUAAUAAAUUAUUCUCCUCACCAAUUUCUUCAACAAAUCAUAGACACAAAAAAAAAAAUGAAGAGAGAUCAUCAAGAUAGCUAUGGUGGUGGAGUCACCAUGAACAACAACCUUAACAACAACAAAAACAACAGCAACCUCAACAACAACAAAAGCUUUGGUGAAUGUUCAUCAAUGCAGAACAACACCAGCAACACAAACGGAAAAGAAACCUUGUGGAGGGAAGAAAAAGACAACGGUGGUGGAAUGGAUGAACUAUUAGCAGCAUUAGGUUACAAAGUUCGUUCAUCAGACAUGGCUGAUGUAGCUCAAAAGCUUGAACAACUUGAGAUGGUUAUGGGUAGUGCUCAAGAAGAAGGAAUAAACCAUCUUUCUUCUGAUACAGUUCACUAUGACCCAACCGAUCUAUAUUCAUGGGUUCAAACCAUGCUCACUGAACUUAACCCUUCAACCACUGAUCCACAACAAAUCCCUUCUUCUUCCAUCUUCAACGAUGAUUCUCAAUAUGAUCUUAGCGUUAUUCCUGGAAUGGCAGCAUACCCACCUCAAAAUCAUAACCAAAUCCAAAACCAAACCAAUGAAAUUGAAGUUUCAAACAGUAACAAACGGUUGAAAACAUGGGUGGAGGAAUCAGAAUUGCAAGAUGUUUUACCGACGUUAUCGCCGGCGGCGGAAACUACAAGACCGGUUGUUCUUGUUGAUUCACAAGAAACCGGUGUUCGUCUUGUUCAUACUUUGUUAGCUUGUGCUGAAGCGAUUCAGCAAGAGAAUCUGAAACUUGCUGAUGCACUUGUGAAACAUAUCGGAGCUUUAGCAUCGUCGCAAACCGGUGCGAUGAGAAAAGUCGCUUCUUAUUUCGCACAAGCACUUGCUAGAAGAAUCUACGGAAUUUACCCAGAUGAAACAAUCGAUUCAUCUUUCUCCGAUGUUCUUCACAUGCACUUUUAUGAAUCUUCACCAUAUCUGAAAUUCGCUCAUUUCACUGCAAAUCAAGCUAUUCUCGAAGCUUUCGCCGGUGCCGGAAGAGUCCACGUCAUCGAUUUUGGUCUCAAACAAGGGAUGCAAUGGCCGGCGCUUAUGCAAGCACUUGCAUUACGUCCCGGCGGUCCACCAACUUUCCGGUUAACCGGAAUCGGACCGCCGCAACCCGAUAACACCGACGCUUUACAACAAGUGGGUUGGAAAUUGGCUCAGCUUGCUCAAACAAUCGGGGUUCAGUUCGAAUUUCGUGGAUUCGUUUGCAACAGUUUAGCGGAUCUUGACCCGAAUAUGCUUGAGAUCCGACCCGGUGAAGCUGUUGCUGUUAACUCCGUUUUUGAACUUCACACUAUGUUGGCCCGACCCGGAUCCGUCGAUAAAGUUCUCAACACUAUUAAGAAGAUUAACCCUAAAAUCGUAACCAUCGUUGAGCAAGAAGCGAAUCACAAUGGACCGGUUUUCGUAGACCGGUUCACGGAGGCUCUACAUUAUUACUCGAGUUUAUUCGAUUCUCUUGAAGGUUCUUGUUCUAAUUCUAACUCGACCGGGUCCGGUUCGGUUAAUCAGGAUUUAUUAAUGUCGGAGCUUUAUCUGGGGAGACAGAUAUGUAACGUGGUGGCUUAUGAAGGAGUGGACCGGGUUGAAAGACAUGAGACACUGAACCAGUGGCGAUCGAGAAUGGGUUCGGCCGGUUUUGAUCCGGUUCAUUUGGGUUCAAAUGCGUUUAAACAAGCGAGUACUUUAUUGGCUUUAUUCGCCGGCGGUGAUGGGUAUAGGGUGGAGGAAAAUAAUGGGUGUCUUAUGCUUGGGUGGCACACGAGGUCACUCAUUGCUACUUCUGCGUGGAAGCUUCCACUCAGUGAGUCCAAGUGAGUUAGAAAACCGAGUUAAAACAAGUUGAGGUGAUUAUGGAUUAAUUAUGAAAAUAUGACCAAUUAGGGUGGUGGAUUAAGUUGACGAGUGAAAAAGUGACUCAGUGAGUGAGUGAGGGAGAGGGUGAAUAAAGAGUAAAAAAAAAAGUAAAAAGAAUCAAAGUCUGUUAUGUAACUUUGUAAUUGUAAUUUCGAUUUUUAUUAGUGUUUUUUUUUCUUGCUCUAAAUUAAAUAAUUUUUUUAA